CUCUCGAUGGCGACGACGGCAAGCUUGAUUCCGCGUUUACUGCGUUUACGCGGGAAAACAAGAGCGUUCGUAAGGUUAUCCGCGCUGGUCUCUCAGGUCCGAAAGAAAUCGCAUAAAAAAAAGGUGUAAGCUCGUCCUGAUCGUCGUCAACGAUGUCGAGUCCUAGACCGCCAACUACCCCUGUUCCACAGGAUGACGCUCGUUCGCCGAUUAACACACCGAAUGGCACUCCGAGAGGCACACCGAGGCGACAGUCUCAGACUACCCCGACCUCCAGGACUCCUCCGGUUGCCGGAAGACGAAUUCCCAGCGUCCCCGGAACACCUGUCGUUCCUGGAACACCCAGCGUUCCAGGAACACCCGUCAUCCCUGGGACACCUAGCAUCGCCGGGACACCCAGCGUUGCCGGGACGCCCGGCAUCGCCAGACAAGGUACACCUCGGAGGAGAUUUGGUAACAAUCUGGUGGACACUCCAUUACGAUGGGGCAAUCGUCAAACGCAGGAGACUAUUGCACCGUCCUCGGAGGGCUUAUCCUCCAUGCCACUGUCUUCUCCGAAUCGACAGAUACAGACGAGCCCUCUUGCUGCAGGUAUGAGUGAGAUAGAACUGUCCUCACCACUGAAUUAUGGAACUCCCAGCUCUUUGGCAUCAAUUCGUACUCCUCGCAGUGGCGUCAGGGGUACACCUAUGCAACAAAGACCAGACGUUCAGUCUGACAGGCGUGUACGCCAAGUUAAUCUGGCUGAAAUACCAGAGAAUGACGAGGAAAGAGAAAGAACAUCUGAGGGUGAGAACGGCCCACAAUUGACCAUCUGGGGCACGAACGUCGUGGUAAAUCAAAUCAAGCAGCAGUUUAGACGUUUUAUCACGUUCUUUAUCGAUCCAGAAGCAGAGAACGAUGAAUUACCCGAAAACAUGAAUUUGUCAGAACCACUUUACUUGCAAAAGCUCGAAGAGAUACAUGUACUGGAGGAGCCUUAUUUGAAUAUAAACUGUGCUCAUCUCGAGGCGUUUAACGCACAGCUUUACAAUCAAUUGGUACUGUAUCCUCAGGAAGUCGUACCAGCGUUUGACCUGACCGCGAAUGAGAUAUUCUUUGAAAAGUUUCCUGGAGCGGCAUUGGAACACUCGAUUCAAGUACGUCCGUACAAUGUUACGAGAACCACAAGCAUGCGCCUCCUGAAUCCAGAAGAUAUAGACCGAUUGAUCACGAUUACCGGAAUGGUUAUUAGAACAUCCGGCAUUAUGCCGGAAAUGCGAGAGGCAUUCUUCAAAUGCAUCGUAUGCUCCUUCACGACUACCGUGGUCAUCGAUCGGGGGCACAUAGCCGAGCCCACAGUAUGCACACACUGCAAUAACAAUUUUUGCUUCAGUUUAGUACACAAUCGUAGUCAUUUCACCGAUAAGCAAAUGAUCAAGCUGCAAGAGUCGCCGGACGAUAUGCCAGCUGGUCAAACCCCUCAUACGGUGGUGCUUUUUGCACAUCAUAAUCUAGUUGAUGCUGUUUCGCCUGGUGAUAGAGUUUCUGUCACCGGUAUAUAUCGCGCAAUACCGAUACGCGUUAAUCCCCGGCAGACCAAUGUUCGGGCCAUCUACAGAACGCACGUUGACGUUGUUCACUUCAGAAAGCAAGAUUCAAAGCGACUAUACGAGCAAGAGGAAGGCAAGAGUCAUACGUUUCCACCAGAAAGAGUGGAAUUAUUAAAAUUGCUGUCGCAAAAGGAGGACAUAUAUGAACGAUUAGCGCGACACAUUGCUCCCAGCAUCUACGAAAACGAAGACGUCAAGAAGGGUAUAUUGCUACAAUUAUUUGGCGGGGCGAAAAAAGAACAGAACGAACGGACCAAAAAACAUUUCCGAUCCGAAAUUAACAUUCUUCUUUGUGGAGAUCCGGGUACAAGUAAAUCGCAGCUGCUACAGUUUGUCUACAAUUUGGUACCGCGCUCACAAUAUAGCAGCGGAAAGGGUUCUAGCGCUGUGGGUUUAACUGCCUUUGUAACGAAGGAUCCUGAAAGCCGCCAGUUAGUAUUGCAAACUGGCGCAUUAGUGCUCGCGGACAACGGUAUCUGUUGCAUCGACGAAUUCGACAAAAUGAAUGAUAGCACGCGCUCGGUGCUGCACGAAGUCAUGGAGCAGCAAACAUUGAGUAUUGCGAAAGCCGGUAUCAUUUGUCAGUUGAACGCAAGAACGAGUAUUCUCGCCGCGGCUAAUCCUUGCGAGUCGCAAUGGAAUAAAAACAAGACAGUGAUAGAAAACGUUAUGUUGCCACAUACAUUGAUGUCACGUUUUGACUUGAUCUUUCUCAUGUUGGAUCCCCAAGACGAAGUAUACGACAAAAAACUUGCCAGGCACUUGGUCUCAUUGUAUUAUAAAUCUGCUUUGGAAGAAGAGGACGAUAUUGUGGAUAUGAGUAUCCUGCGAGAUUACAUAGCUUACGCCAAGGAACAUGUUCAGCCUGUUCUCAAUGAGGAGAGUCAACAAAGGUUGAUUCAGGCUUAUGUCGAUAUGCGUAGAGUAGGAAGCGGUCACGGACAAAUUACGGCUUAUCCAAGGCAAUUGGAAUCUUUGAUAAGACUCGCCGAGGCACACGCUAAAAUGCGUUUCAGCAAUGUAGUAGAGAUUGUAGAUGUGGAGGAAGCUUGGAGAUUACAUCGUGAAGCACUGAAACAAUCCGCCAUUGAUCCACUUAGCGGCAAAAUCGAUAUUAGUAUCCUGACGACCGGUAUGUCGUUGGCAGCAAGAAAACGUAGGCAGGAGCUGGUCGAGGCGUUGAAGAAACUUAUCAAGGGCAAGGAAAAAGCACCGACAUUAAACUACCAGAAAAUUUUCACGGAAUUGAAAGAAUCAUCCAGCACGUUGGUAACACGUGAAAUGUUCGAAGACGCUUUAAAAGAGCUACAAGAUGAUGGUGUUGUGAUUGUAACCGGCAAAAAUACUAUUCGUGUUUGUUAGAAGUAUUUACUUUCACAUUACAUUUCUUUAGAAUAAUAUUCACGGUUUUUACGCGAGAAAUCUACUUUUAGUCUUCUUCUUUAUUUGAUUUUUCUUUUCUAUGUACUCUUAUUCAAGUCGCAAUUGUUUCCAUCUUGUCUGCUCUCUAUUUAUCUCUCGCAAUUCUUACUAUAUUCUUUCUUCUUCACGCUUCAAUCUUUUUGCCUCUUAAAUUUUUUCAAAGCUUGCAUAGCAGUAACAAUUUUUUCAGACCUUUUUAUAUUAUUAAAAUCUUGAGUUUUUUUAC